UAUUAACAACUUACCAAACCAUAUCAGGAUCUGACCCAAUUGUAUCAACAACUGACCAAACCGUAUCAACCUCUGACCCUAUUGCGACAACGUCUGACCAAACUGUAUCAACAACUGACCAAAACGCAUCAACCUCUGUCUCAAGUAUAUCAACAACUGACCAAACUGCUUCAACCUCUGUCUCAAGUAUAUCAACAACUGACCAAAACGCAUCAACCUCUGACCCAACCUUAUCAACAUCGUCAGCUUCCGACCAAACAACACUAACAUCUGGACAAACGAUGUCAGCUUCAAACCCAGCUGCAUUUACAUCUGGAUCAACCUCAUCAACACUUGGGCCAACUUUCCAUCAAACAUCUGAUCGAACUUUAUCAACAUCCGAUCCAACCACGUCAGCCUCUGACCAAGCCGUAUUAACAUCCGGAUCAACCUCAGCAUCUGGCCCAACCACAUCAGCAAUAGUUGACCCACUUGCUUCGAUAGUAUUCCAAAUUCAUGGCAAUGAAGAGCAUAUUUCUGAUGAGUCUACGAGCGUGCCUGUUAUCAUCGUUUCCACUGUUGUACCAGGUGUGAUACUAAUUGUUGGGAUGUGUACAAUGUUCGCAAUAUUCUCCGUGAAAAGACGUAAACGAAAGCAACAAGAAGACAGGCAAAAAAGCUUGGCCGAACAGGACAAGGCUAGUAUAGAGUCAGGAGACCAGAACAUUUAUAUUGCUGAACGCCAUUAUUUUAGAAAUUCUGUCAGCCCAUCAGCCAUGUCUGACGUUAGUAUUUGAACUAACCUCUAUAGGAGUAUUUAUUUCUCUAGAUCUGGCUCUGUGGAAAGUGUAGGACAAUGAUUUGGAAAUUCAAAACCAUCAUAUGCAUAAUAGCCCAGUCACAUUUGUCGCACGGCGGCCGUACGUCGACCGCAGAUAAAUCAAAUCAGUGAAUUUUUGCGGCGAGCGUAGGAA